AUGAUUAGGACAGUAAAACCCAAGACCGCCAAGGCUAAGAGAGCUCUUAAGGAAAAGGAGCCAAAGCUUGUAGAAAAUGUGAAACAAGCAUUAUUCGUUCCAGGCCAGACUUCUAACAAAUUACUGCAUGAUGCUAUGGUGGAUUUAAGUUCAUUGAAGAAACCAGAUAUGAAGAGAUUUGAUAGAAAGAAUGAAAUUAGACCUUUUGAAGAUCCUGCACCAUUGGAGUUCUUUAGUGAAAAGAACGACUGUUCAUUGUUGGUGCUUUCCACGACCUCUAAGAAGCGUAGAAACAACUUGACAUUUGUUCGUACUUUCGGCUACAAGAUCUACGAUAUGGUUGAAUUGAUGAUUGUUAACAAUUACAAACUGUUGGAAGAUUUCAAAGCUAAAACUUUUGCAGUCGGAUUAAAACCAAUGUUCUCCUUCCAAGGAUCUGCAUUUGAUACUCACCCAGUUUAUAAGCACCUCAAGUCCUUGUUUCUGGAUUUCUUUAGAGGAACAGUUACUGAUUUGUACGAUGUCGCUGGUCUACAACAUGUCAUAUCGGUAACACUUCAAGGUGAUUUCCAAGAUGGUGAGCCUUUGCCAAAUGUUCUAUUCAGAGUUUACAGAUUGAGAACUUACAGAAGUGAACAAGGUGGUCGUAAAUUACCAAGAGUGGAAUUGCAAGAGACCGGACCCAGAUUUGACUUCAAAAUCGGUAGAAUCCAAUCGCCAUCACCUGAAAUGGAGAAGGAAGCACGUAGGAAACCUAAGCAAUUGAAUACCAAGACCGUUAAGAACGUUGAUAUGGAUCCAAUGGGUGACAAACUCGGUAGAAUACAUAUGGGUAAGCAAGAUUUGAACAAAUUACAAACGAGAAAGAUGAAGGGUUUGAAAUCUAGAUUUGAUCAAGAUCAAGAAGAUGAUGAUGUGGAAGAAUAUAUAAAUGAUGAAGAGGAAGAGCUGAACGAUGGUGAAGAGUUGAAUGACGAGGCAGAAAAUUCUGAAGAGGACACUUAUGGCGAAGAAUUUGUCACUGCUGAGGAUAUCGAUGAACCUUCCACCAAGAGGCAGAAGAAAAAAUGA